AUGGCUCCAAGUUGGGAAGAACGUGCUUCAAAGAAGAGAGAAUCGAUCCUGGCUUCCAUUCCCUCAGAAUGGCGACUGCCACAACCCCUUCCGUCUCCCGAGGCCCAGAAGGCCGUCGCCGGGUCUUAUGUUCAACAGUUUUUGUCCGCCCGAGAGAUCGAGAUCACUGAAAGCGACGCGGUAACAAUCACAGAGAAUACAACGGCUGGUAGAUGGAAGGCAACAGAAGUCGUGACGGCUUUUUGCCACAGAGCAGCUCUCGCACACCAACUAACAAACUGCCUUCACGAGAUCUUCUUCGAUCAGGCGAUCGAACAUGCUAAACAGCUUGAUGCAACAUUUGCGGCCUCAAACGGCCCCAUCGGUCCUCUACACGGCCUUCCGGUCAGCUUCAAGGAUCAGUUCCAUAUCAAGGGCGUCGAGACGACCAUGGGAUAUGUUGGCUGGAUUGAUACGUUCGAAGGCGUCACAGGAACCGGAAAAGAGAAGGAGGUCGAUAGCGAAUUGGUACGAGAAGUCAAAGCACUGGGAGCUGUGCCAUUCUGCAAAACGAGUUUGCCACACACUGUGAUGAGUGGAAUUACCUGGAAUAACAUUGUAGGCUUCACAUUGAACCCACACAACCGUCUUCUGAGCUGCGGGGGUAGCUCCGGAGGUGAAGGAGCUCUCAUUGGCAUGCGUGGGAGCCCAAUUGGAUUUGGGACGGACAUUGGUGGGAGUAUAAGAAUUCCAUCGGCCUUCAAUGGGCUGUACGGUAUCAGACCAUCAUUUGGUCGUUUCCCGUACGCAGGUGUGGCCAAUAGUAUGCCUGGCCAAAACACAAUUCCCUCCGUUUGUGGACCACUGGCCACCUCUCUCGGAAGUUUGAAGUUGAUGGUUCAAGCUGUAUUGAGUCAGAAACCAUGGCUUCACGAUCCUGCAGUUGUCGAGUUACCUUGGAGGGAUGAGCUUUACAUGCCACAGCCUGCAGAUGGCAGCAAGCUGACAUUUGGAAUCUUCCCUACCGAUGGGUUUACGAAUCCUCAGCCACCAAUUAGGCGUGCGUUGGAGAUGGUGCAAGAAGUCAUUAUUGCAAUGGGCCACGAGGUGGUGGAAUGGCAACCUCCGUCGCACCAAGAGGCAACACAACUCGCUCUUGAGGUAUUCACUGCUGACGCUGGAAUUGACAUCUGGCAUCACAUCGGGCUUUCCGGUGAACCUCUCGCAAAGAGCAUUGCGCAGUUUUACGGAAAGGAGCCCGGUACGCCGAAGACGGUUGACAAAAUGUGGGAUUUUAAUCUGCGUCUUCGACAAUAUCAGAAGAAGUACACGGACUACUGGACAAGCACGGCUACAAUGACAAAGUCUGGUAGGCCUGUUGACGCCAUUCUGACCCCAGUGACCCCUAUGCCGGCAUAUCGAUUUGACGGAUCAGUUCCGAUUGGAUACACCCCUUGGGUGAACGCGCUCGACUAUACUUCAGCCGUGUUCCCCGUGACCAAAGUCGACAAAAAUAUUGACACUUUCGACGACAAGUAUCAGCCAUUGAACGAAGCAGACAAGAAGGUGUGGGAAGAGUAUGACCCUGAGCUUGCACACGGCACGCCUGUUGGCCUGCAACUCGUGGGGCGGAGGCUCCAAGAAGAGAAGAUUCUGGGAUUGGUGGAGUUGAUCUCGACAUCGCUAGCCACCAAAGAGAAGACCGUGUAG